AUGUCCCGCAACUCAGAGGAGCCUGUCCCACUCCUCACCCCAGAGGAGAGGGAGCUCGAGAGCAAGGGCGAGAAUGCCGAUAUUGAGAACGAUGCCGGUCGCGCCGAGCCCCCCAAGAAUGACAACCUCGACCACGAGUACUCCGUCGCCAGCACCGUCAAGUUCGCCUGGCUCGGCACCUACUUCUUCUUCUCACUACUCUUGACUCUCUACAACAAGCUUGUCCUUGGCAUGUUCCACUUCCCUUGGCUGCUAACUUUCCUGCACGCCUCUUUCGCCAGUCUUGGCACCUACGCCAUGAUGCAUAUGGGUUACUUCAAGCUGUCUCGGUUAGGACGCCGCGAAAACCUCGCCCUCGUUGCUUUCAGUGCGCUCUUCACUGCCAAUAUCGCCGUCUCCAACCUGUCGCUGGCGAUGGUCUCCGUCCCCUUCUACCAGACCAUGCGCAUGCUCUGCCCGAUCUUCACCAUCCUGAUCUACCGCGUCUGGUACGGCCGCACCUACAGCACCAUGACCUACCUCUCUCUCCUCCCUCUCAUCAUCGGUGCUGCUAUGACCACCCUCGGCGAGAUGACCUUCUCUGAUGCCGGUUUCCUCCUCACCAUCCUCGGUGUCAUUCUGGCUGCCCUCAAGACUGUCGUCACCAACCGAUUCAUGACCGGAUCCCUCGCUCUCCCCCCUGUCGAGUUUCUCAUGCGCAUGUCCCCUCUCGCUGCCCUCCAAGCUCUUGCUUGCGCCACUGCGACAGGCGAGGUUGGUGGCUUCCACAAGCUCAUCACCUCUGGCGAGAUUUCUCUCCCUCCCGCCUUCGCCUCCCUGUUCGGCAACGGUUUCCUCGCUCUUCUCCUCAACAUCUCGUCAUUCAACACCAACAAGCUGGCCGGUGCCCUCACCAUGACCAUUUGCGGUAACCUCAAGCAAUGCCUUACAGUCGCUCUUGGCAUCGUUCUCUUCGAUGUGACCGUCGAUAUGCUCAACGGUGCCGGUAUGGGUGUCACUAUGCUUGGUGCCGCCAUCUAUAGCAAGGCUGAGCUUGACAACAAGGCCAAAAAGGCAAAGGAAGCCGCCUACAAGCCCGUCAACCAAAACACCCGGUAA